AUGCUGAGCCGUCUGUCAGGGUUAGCAAGCACUGUGUUACAGGAGCUGUCAGGGGAGGAUGGAGAUGGAGAUGCAGCUGCUGAGUCCUCUCUUGUUGUCCAACCCUUAGAGCCAGGAGCUGAAAGCAUGGAGGAAGCACCUGAGGAGCUGCUGGAGCGCCUUGCCCGGACAGAAAAACUCGUUGUGCAGCUGAAGGAUUUGAUCAGGGAGAAGGAUGCUCUGCUCCAGCAAAAAGAAACUGCUCUAAAGGAGGAGAAAGAGGCUGCAGAUGCUAAGCUGAUGAAGCUCAAGCUUCAGGCCAAAGCCAAGCUGGCCUCUCUGAACAAGCGGAUCGAGGAGCUGACAGAGAAAGGAUCUCCACUGCCUGCACAGACCUCAUCAGGAGAGCAAGCGUGUCUCAAGAACAACCAAACUACAAGUGAAGGACAUGGAGAGGAAGCUGAAGCACUAAAAGAGCAGCUGAAGGAGAGGGAAGAGACUGUUCAGGAUCUGAGAGAACAAUUGUCUGUAGCCAAAAGGAAUCUGGAAGAUGCUGAAAUGAAAUAUGCAACACAGCUGAACUCCCUGCAGGAAGUGAUUCAGGAGAAGGAAGCUUUCCUGGAAGAGCAGGCUCACCACCACCAAGCUGAGCUGCUCAAGAUAGCAGCCCAGUCAGAUCUGGAAGUGGAGAUGCAGCAGAACCUGCGCACGCUUCAGAGGAAGCUGGAGGAGCAGGAGGCAGCUCUGCUGGGACGAACUCAGGUGGUGGAGUUGCUGCAGCAGGAACUGCACACAGCUGAACAACAGAACAAGACGCUUCUAGAUCAGUGCCAGAAGAUGGAAGUGGAUCUAAGCUCCCUGAGGGAUGUGCUAGAUGCAGAGAGACAACAGUCUCAGGCUCUCAGAGAGAAGAUGGAGCUGGAGCUGGCUGAGAGAAAGCUGUCCUCCCAUCGCUUGCAGGAGGAGGUGCAGGGCCUCACAGAACAGCUGCAAGAGGCAAGAAGAGCACAAACUGAAUUAGAAGUGAAGUAUAAAGCCCUGGUGCAGGAACAAAGGCUGGAGGUGGAAGAGAAGAACCUGCAGAUCAGUUGUCUUCAAGUGGCUGAGCAAGAGCUGCAGUCUGGCCGUGCUGCCCUUGCAGCUGAGAAUGAUCAGCUGAAGCAGGAGGUGGGACGGCUGUUGGCACUGUCUGCCCAACACAGCCCUGCAGGUCAGGAACCACAGGAUGAACUUGUAGAGAAAUCUGAAGAAUUUGUCUGCCAUCAGAAUGAGCUGAAAUCCCACUCAGUGCAGGUCUCUGAUCUGAAGACACAGGCUGAACCAACUUCACAGGACAAAAGAACAGAUCAGGAAGAUGGGCAUGGGGCUUUACCCCUACCCAGAGAAAACUUGGAAAGACAGGAGCCUGAAGAAAUACCACUCUCGGAAUUCCUUCUCCAGGAGCUUCAUCAGGAAGCUGUGAUGGGCACGGAAAAUGCAAAGCAGGCAAGAACAGAUGGAGUUCCUAAUGGAAGUGAGCAGUUCACUGAGGAAAGUUGUCCCCCUGGAAUUGUAGAAUAUCUUGCUGCAGAGAAACAGAAAGAGCUGUCAGUAUUGCUGCUGGAGCUGAAAGAAGCCCAAGAAGAAAUAACUUUUCUAAAGAGCCAGCUCAAGGGCCCAAACAGCCAAACUUCUGCAGGCAGCCAAACAGAAGAAGCACCUAACCAGCUGGGAGAUCAUUCCCAGAUGUCGCUCCUUCAGAGGGAAGAGCAAAAGGCUUCAGAUACACAAAACGAGUUGAGCAGCAGCACUGUGCCCUGCAGAGGGGAGAUGGAGGCAAUGCAAGAAGUGUCUACAAGAGAUCCAGAGCUCAGCACCUUUCAAUCUGAAGAAGUGCUCAGGUUACAAAAGCAAAUUACAGAGCUGCGAAGAGCUCUGCAGAAAUCAGAAGAAUCCUAUGAGAAAGAUUUAGGAGAAAAAGGUGUAGAAAUCAACAGGCUGAACCAGCUGGCUGAGGAAUACAGGAGGAAAAUAGAGGAGUGUGACAGAGCCUUUUGUGUUUUAAAUGAAGAAAGGGAUCAGCUGCUGUGUCAGGUGAAGGAUCUUCCUACCAUCACAGAACUGCAAGAGCAAGUCAAGCAACUUGAGGAGGAUCUAGCUUUGUCAGAAAAGCAGAGACUGUCAGACAGUCAAAGCAGUCUUCUGAGAGAACAAAUCCAGAGCCUUAAAAAUGAAUUUAAAUCCAAGGAGGUAAAAAUUGAAGCUUUGCAAAAAGAUUUAGAUGAAGCUCAGUUUCAGCUUUCUGACCAGGAUGUACAACUAAAAGAUCUGCAAAGCCAGAUUGAGAAGAAGGAAUGUGAAGUGCUUGACCUAGAAGAGCUGUUGAGGAAGAAUACAGCUGCCAUGGAAGAGCUUUCACAAAAUUUAACCUCCAAGGACCAUGAAGCAGCAAGCCUAGAACAGCUUGUGGCUGAACACACCAAGACUAUAGAGAGCCUGCAACAAGCAUUGCUGGAGAAAGACCAACAGAUGACAGAGAUCAGUGUCAGCAUGUCUGAGAAAAUGGUCCUGCUGAAUGAAGAGAAAUUUUCUCUGGGAAAUGAGCUGAAGAGUCUUAGAGAGCAAACAAGUCUGCUAUUAAAAGCUCAGGAAGAGAGAGACCAACACCUAGAAGCAAAAGAUCCUUGCCUGAAGGGUGGAGCCUCUGAACAGCAGUAUGAGACAGGGGCAGCAUGUCAAGAAAGUGAGGUAUUGGUACAUAAAUUUGAAUGUCUUCAAAAGGAAAAUGAGCAAGUCAAGAGGAAGCUGCAAGCAGUCCUUCUGAACCGGAAAGAGCUUCUGAAGAAGGUGAGCAGGUUGGAGGGUGAAUUAGGACAGCUGAGGAGAGACCAUGAAUCGGAAAAUACAGUGGCUCGGGAAGAGGAGGGAGAUGAAAAUGUGCCAGGUAUGAUGGGCAGAGAAGUGGCUCUGGAAUGCCAGCCCAGAGAGGAGCAGCUCACCCAGCUGCUCUCUGAGAAGGAAUCUGAGUUGCAGAGCAUCCGGAAGGAGCUGCUGGAUAAAGAAGCUACUGAAGCACAACUGCAGGCGGUGAUUGAAGAGAUGAGGCAAAGCUUGCAAGGUGAGACAGCCACUGCUUCAGCUGAAGGUGAAGUCAUGGAGGGUCAGACCCUUGCUGACAAAGUAACUGAGACUAAUGAAAGCCCAAAAGAUUCUGAAGCAAAGGGAAAAAGUGGUUCAGCAGAAGACCAGCAAAAUCCUCUGAAAGAGAGGAUUUCAGCUCUAGAACAAGAAAAGGAACAGCUUCAAAAAAAACUCCAGGAAGCUCUGGUGUCUCGGAAAUACACCAUUAAAAAGGCUCAAGAGAAAGACAGGCACCACAGAGAGCAGCUGAAACAGCAGAAAGAUGACUACAACAUCCUACAGGAACAGUUUGAUAAGCAAAGCAAAGAGAAAGAGAGCAUCCAAGCUCAGCUCAGGCAACUCCAAGAACAGAAAGGAUCACCAGAGAGUGUCCUUGGGAAGCAGGAUGGGUUGGAUUUCUCAUGCGUGGAAGCAGAAGACAGACCAGAUAGCAAGGUUGUGCAAGUUGCAUAUGCUUCUGGGGAGGAGUUGAAGGAGACACUGGAAAAGGUGCAGAUGGAGAAAGAGGAGUUGGAAUACCACAUCAGCCACGUGCAAAGUGAGCUUGCUUCUAAAUCAGAGCUCAUCUUUCACUUGCAAGAGCACGUAGCACAGUUGUUUGUGGAGAUAGAAGGGCUGAAGAAGACCUCUGAGCAAGCUGAAGCUAAGGUGGCAAGUCUUCAGACAGAGCUGGAGGAGAGGCAGGCCAAAAUCUCUAGAGAGGAUAGUCUGGAAGACUUGAAAACACUUUUACACAAAAGGGAUGAGGCAAUGGAAUUUCUUAACUUGCAGCUAAAAGAGAAAAGUGAAGCUCUAAAUAAGGUGCAGGCACAGCUGCUGGAAAAAGAGGAUUCAGUCCAGAGGCUGUGGAGUCAGUUGGAAACUCAAGCUCAGGCACAUGAGGAGCAAAGCAAACGGCUGCAAGCAGAGCUGAUUGAAGUUCGGGAGAAGCAAGAUGAUGGUGCAGAAGCAGCCAAACAGAAGAAUCAGCUGCAGAGAAAGUUGCAAGCUGCACUUAUCUCUAGAAAAGAGGCCCUAAAGGAGAGUAAAUCUCUGAAGGAGGAGCUGGCUAAUACUAAAACUACUAUUGAAGGUCUUGGUGUCAAGUUGGCCAACAUGGAAAGCCAGCUAGGUGAGCAUGUUAAAGAGGGAGCUGCCUUAACAGCAAAGGUAGCAGAGCUCACUGAGGAGGGAGAGAAACUUACUGCAGAGCUUGAUAAAGCCCUGAGAGAAAAGCUCGAUCUGGAGGGAUGCUGUCAAAACCUGACCCUCACCCUAGAUAGUGUUGUUCUGGAGAAGGAGAAGCUGGAGAAGGAGAUGGAAUCCUUGCAGAGCUUGCAAGCCACUGAGAGUUCUGAGUGGCAGGAGAAACACAGGGAGCUGCAGAAGGAGUAUGAAACCCUGCUGCAGUCCUAUGAGAACAUCAGCGACCAGGCCGAGCGCAUCCAGCGCGUCUUGGAGGCUGUUAGGCAGGAGAAGCAGGAGGUUUUCCUUAGGCUGAAAAGUGUGGAAGCAGAAAAAGAGGAGGCAAAUAAGCAGUUGCAGGAAGCUGGGGAGGAGAUUGAGGGAAUGAAGGAGAAAAUGAGGAAAUUUGCAAAAUCAAAGCAACAAAAAAUCCUGGAACUAGAAGAGGAGAAUGAGAAGCUGAGAGGAGAGAUACAGUUAAAGGAUGGAGAGCUGCACAGGACUGGAGAUGUUAUGCCAAAUACUAGCCUGAAAGAAGAUCUGGAGAACUCUGGGAGGGAUUGCCAGUCUCUUUCUACUCAGCUUGAGACAGUAAUGGCUGAAAAGGAGUCUCUUAAGCAAGAGAUCACAGACUUAAAGUGUCUCCUGCAGAUAACAGAAUCCAAGCUGAGGGACAGCAGAGAACUGGUGGACAAAUAUGCUGCUCAGAAGACAACAGGGGAAGAAACAAAUCAGGCAGUUGCCCAGCCACUACCACCACCAAUGGAGAGGACUGAAAAUCAAGUAGACUUAGUUUUCAGGCCAGAUUCUCCUACUGCAGAGCUGAAACAAAAAGCUUUUGAAGAUGGUAGCCCUCCUGAAGACCUUGGUACCUACAUACAGCAGAUAGCUAAGCUCACAGAGCGAAUUACAGAGCUAGAAGAUAACAGGAGGGCUUCAGAGCAAGAGCUGGGUGACAUGCACAGGUGUGUUGAGACUUUAGCAGGUGAGAAAAGGGCUUUGGAGACUCAAAUGGAAGAGAAAGUCCGUGAGUUGAGUGCUCUUCAGGACACAGUAGCACAGAUGGAACAAACAGUCCAAAAAACCAAAGCCGAGCUGGUUGGGAUGACAGAACUGAAGGACAGGCUGGAGGCUGAGAAGGAUGACUUGGAAGAGAGGCUGAUGAAUCAGCUGGCAGAACUCAAUGGGAGUAUUGGAAACUAUCAGCAAGAUGCAACAGACUUCCAGCUCCAAAAUGAGCAACUAAAACAUGAGCUUCAGAGUCUGCAGAGGAUGAUGUGUGAGCUGGAGGAGGAGAAACGCCAGAUGGCAAAGGAGAACAGCAAAGCAAGUUCAGAAAGGCAGAAGGAAUUGGUAGAGAAGCUAAAAUGCAGUUGGAGGGGAGACAGCAGUGCGCAGGUGAAGGAGCUUCAGGAGCUGCUGAAACAGAAGCAGCAGGAGAUUAAACAGCUGCAGAAGGACUGUAUUAAGAGCCAGGAAAAGAACAGUAGCUUGGAAAGAACUGUUAAAGCUCUGGAAUUUCUGCAGAGUGAGUCUCAGAAAGAGGUAGAAGCAGCCAAGGAGGGUUUGGCUAAAGCAGUUGAAGACACCAAGAAAGCCCAAGCAGAGCUUGCUCUCUGCAGGGUAGUGUUGGAUGACACCCAGAGCGAGGCAGCAAGGGUUCUAGCAGAGAGUGUCAAAGUGAAAGAAGAGCUGCAGGCAAACAAAGAGAACAGCAAAAUUCAGAUGAAGAAAAAAGAUGAGGACUUGGAGAGAAGACUGGAGCAGGAAAAAAGCAAGCACUCAAAGGAAAUUCAGAACAUGGAAGAGAAGCUGGCAGCUCUGCAGAGGGAGAAGGAGCUUGUGGAAAGAGCUGUUGGUGAUCUUCAAGCUUCCUUGAAGACAAAGGAUCAAGAAGCCAAGCAAUUGGAAGGCAGCCUAAACAAAACCCUAGCCCAGCUUGCAGCCUUCACCAGGAGCAUGUCAUCCCUUCAGGAUGACAGGGACAGAGUGAUAGAUGAGUCCAAAACUUGGGAGAGGAAAUUCACUGAAACCAUUCAAAAGAAGGAAGAAGAAAUACGCCUCAAAGAGGAGACCUGUGCUGUGCUGAAGGACCAGGUGAAGCAGGGGACCACACAAGUGGAAGAACUUCAGGCUCAUAUAUCCAGGCUGGAACGUAACAAGGAAGAGUGGGAGUCUGAAUCCAGGAAGGAGAUUGAUCAUCAUCAGAAGACAUGUGAAAUGCUGCAGCAAGAAAGGAAGGAGCUUCUGACUCGACUGGAAGAGGCUCAGAAACUGUACAGUGAGUCCCAGAACGAGCAGCAGAAGCUGGAGUCAGAAAUCAGCAGCCUGAGAGGUCAGCUUGCUGACUUACAGAACUCCCUCACCCAGUGUGAGUUGGUCAGAGAAGAGCUGGGGACUACGGUCAAGCAACAAGAGACCAGCAUCCAGAAUUUUAAAUUGAGCUGUGAACAGCUUGAGGCUGAUCUGCAAGCUUCUAAGGCCCUAACAAAUAAGCUGCAUGAAGAAACCAGUGCCAAAGAUCAGAAGAUCAUGAGUUUGCUGUCUGCCAAGGAAGAAGCUGUAGUGGCUGCUCUGUCUGAAUUGCAGCAGCAGCACUCGGAAGGGGUGAGAGAGUUGGAGCUUAGCUUGAGUAAGAAGGAAGAGGAUCAAAAAGCUCUGGAAAACGAGAAGAACAGACUUCUUGACAAACUUGAUCGCCUCACUGAAAAGAUGAAGAUGAGCAGAGAAGAAAGCAAGCAGCAGAAGGCCCAACUGGAGUCCUUCACCAAGUCCAUGUCAUCGUUGCAAGAUGACCGAGACCGCGUGCUGAGGGACUACAAGCAGCUGGAGGAACGUCACCUGGUUAGCAUCUUGGAGAAAGACCAAAUCAUUCAGGAGGCUGCUGCUGAGAACAAUAAGCUGAAGGAGGAGAUCAGAGGUUUUCACAGCCAGAUGGAUGACCUCAACUCUGAGAAUGCCAAGCUGAAUGCAGAGCUGGUGAGGUACCGAGAAGACCUCAACCAAGUCAUCUCAAUAAAGGACUCCCAGCAGAAGCAACUGCUCAAAACACAGCUUCAGCGGAUCCAGGCUCUGGAAAAGGAGAAGGCAGCCAUAGAAGCACAACUGAAAGAGUCCCAGCAUGCUCAGGAUGAGCUCAAGGGGUCCAUGGAAGCCUUGCAAGAGGAUAAAGCUGGCAUGUCUGAAGAGAUCGAAGCCCUGAAGUCCUCUCUGUCUCGGGUGCAGAGCGAGAUGACAGCGUUGCGUGAGGGCAGUCCCAUCAUGGAGUGUCAAGCACAGCUGAAGACCCGAGAAAAAGAGGCAGAAGAACUGAGCCAUCAGCUUUCCCUCUCGCACCAGAGGAUAGCAGAACUCGAGGAGGAACUAGUCAGUGUUCAGAGGGAUGCGGCCAGGAGAGUGGGAGAGGCUGAGGAGAGGCUGAAGAAGGAGCUGAAGCACCUCCAUCACGACGCAGGGAUAAUGAGGAAUGAAACGGAGACAGCAGAGGAGAGGGUAGCAGAGCUGGCACGGGAUUUGAUGGAGAUGGAACAGAAGCUUCUUGCAGUCACAGAUGAAAACAAAGAGCUCCGAGCUCAAAUUCAGUCUUUUGGGAAGUCCAUGAGCUCUCUUCAGGACAGCAGGGACCAGGCCCAUGAAGAGCUUCAUGCUUUGAAACAGAAAUACUCUGCAGACUUGGAGGAACAGAAGAGUCUGGUGCAGAAUCUGCAGGAGCAGGUGGCCCAGCUGCAAGAGGAGCAACAUUCUGCUGCCAGGGACCGAGACACGGCGAGGGCUGAGCUGACACAACUGCAGCAAGCCACUGAGGAAAGAGGUCUCUGGGCCCAGAUUGAGAAGCUUAAUGAGAAGCUCAGGGGAAAAGAUGAGGAACUUCUCCGUCUGUCUGCAGAGCUGGAAGGUUCUGCCAACCAAGUCAAAUCUUUCUCCAAGGCUAUGGCAAGCCUGCAGAAUGAGCGAGAGCGUCUCCUGGAUGAGCUGGGCAAAGCCCAGAAGGUUGAAGAGGUGAAACAACAGCAAGCAGAAGGGAGCCCUUCCAGCACUCCUUCAGAAGUGCAGAGCCUGAAGAACGCCCUCUCCUCCUUGCAGAAUGACAGAGACAGAGUAGUGAGGGAGCUGAAGAACCUGCAGCAGCAAUACAUCCUGGUGGGGGUGGAAUCAGCUGAAAACUCUCGAUUAAAAGCACAGCUGCAGGAGUUUCAGCAGGAGGCAGAUCAACAGCACCGUCUCCAGCAGCAGCUGAAGCAAGAAAGCCUUCUGUACCAGCAGGAGCUCCAGCAGCUUAGACAAGAGAAAACCACCUGGGAGAAGCAGAACAGCAGCAUCAAGGAGCAGUACCUGAUGGUCAUAGCUGAAAAAGACAAACAGCUGAGCCAUCUACAAAAGAUCACCCAAGAAAUGAGGCUGCCCCUCAGCAAGUCCCAGGUGGUAGAGGAGCAGUACCAGACAAAGGUUCCUUCAGAAGUUCUCAGAGGGGACUUUUCAAGCCCAGAAACAGAGACAAAACACCUCCAGGCCCAGCUAAGUGACAGCCUGAAAGAACUGCACCUAAAAGAGCUCAGAAUCCAGCAGUUAAACAGCAAGCUCUCUCAGGUCUUUGAGGAGAAAAAUGCCCUCUCCCUCCAGCUGCGUGGGAGCAGCAGGAGCAUCUGUGAGAGCCAUCAGCACUACAAUGAGGUUCUGAACCGCUGCUUGGAGCUGGAGCGGCAGCUCCAGGAGCUGCAGUCUGCUGACAAGGGUGUGGAGCUGUUUGCAACGGAUGCAGCUCCAGGAGCCCCCCAAGAAAAGAAUGAGCCUCAGAGAGGCAGUUACACACCAGAACUGCAGGAGCUGCAGCUGAGGCUGUCUGAAACAGAACAUUUGCACAGCAGCACGAAGCAGGACAUGAGGUAUUUGGAGGAGCAGCUGGAGGAGGAACGGGAGCGGCGCCUGGCUGUGGAGGAGGCUCUCUCUGCAGCGCAGGAGCAGAUCAGGAGGUUGCACUCAAGUGAGUGGACAUCUUCCUCAAGUGCUAGCAUUGAUGUGACUUCAGGUCAUGAGCACUCCUUGCUGAUCGAUUCCACAGAUCAUAACUUCAGCAGGACCCGGAAUAUCCUUGGCCUACGACGCCUGCUCCGCUCCCUCUUCCGUUCCAGGACCCGCCUGCCUCUGCUGGUGGCCAUGUAUCUACUUGCUCUCCACGUUCUGCUCUUCCUGUGCUUCACAGGCCACCUCUGAGGAGAGGGAGUAGCCUUUUUCCUCAGGGCUCAGCCCUCUGUGUAGUGAGGUCCAGCUUUUUCCCACUUC